AUGGAAAACGCAAACGUUAUCGCCUGCUUGUUUCCCCAUGACGGCCAUGGCAAGAAAGCAUCGGAAGCGAUCGAGUCGAGCCCAUAUUACGUGCCUCCCCAGCUUGCGCAGCCUUCCCGCACUCGGCGCAGACGUCGCGACCGUCACGAGAGAGAAUCGACCGAACCACUCCAGGAUCCUGGGCUUUCGGCGCUCGAUUAUCUUCCACGCCUUUUGAUCGGAUUCAGUGACAUUCCACGGACAGAUAAAGGUCUUAUUUUUGGUUCAAACAAGAACUGCGACAUCCAGCUACCCUUCCCAGGUGUUUCGAAUAUCCACUUUAGCCUGACAUUUGACGAAUUCAACCGCCCUAUCAUCAAGGACUUGAACUCUUUAAGAGGCACUCAGAUCACAUACAACGGGGAAGGGGAGGGCGUCCGGAGGGAUUUCCAAUGGAUCGUUGGCGGUCACGAUAUUCCCCAGAAAAUGGAAAGCAUCAUCAUCACGGUGCCGAAGGCGGUAUCUUUCCAGAUCGUCACUCAGCCUCAUGACAUACAGUCUCCAGAGUACAUCGAUGGUGUCAGAAGGUUUCGUCAGGGAACCGCGGCUACAGAGGACCUCCUCGAGGAUUUGGGUCUCUCAUAUCCGCCGACCAGAGGAGCCCAGACACCCGGUACUGGAGACAUUAGCCUACGAAAGACACUUGGCGAGGGAGCUUUCGGCGUCGUGACCCAUCUCUGGAAUGUUAGCACGGGGGAGGAGCGCGUCGUGAAAUCGCCUAACCCCAAGGCAAUUCAGAACGGGCAGUUUAAUCCUGGUACCUGGAAGCGAGAGGCUUACAUCAUGAGCCUGGUCUCACAUGAACGAAUCGUGAAACUCAUCGAGUCAUUCUCAACACCCCACUAUGAGCUACACAUUGAGUACAUGCCCUAUGGAUCUCUGGAAGAUCAUGACGAUAUAUCAUAUGAUGAGACCUUAAUGAUUGUUCAUCAAUGUUCAUCGGCUUUGGCAUACUUGCAUGAUUUUGAGACGCCGAUUGCGCAUCGAGACAUCAAGCCGGCCAACAUCCUUGUUGAGAGUCGAUCUGAAUACAGUAUUUCUGUUAAGUUAGGCGACUUCGGGCUAUCGCGGCAUAGUUCCGAGCUGAUGACUUUCUGUGGCACAGCUCUAUAUCUCGCCCCGGAGGUCUACUCAGACAUGCGAUCUCAAGCCAGCUAUACUGAGGCUGUUGACAUCUGGUCUCUUGGUGUAGUGGGAUGCCGACUGGUGUACGGUCUACCACAUUACAAGGACGAAUACAAGAAGAACAGAGUGGCUUGGUGUGAGAAGAUCGUCAAGGCAAUGCAAAGGAAGGUUGAUAGGCAGCCGACUGCGCUUGGAUCGAUUCUUGUGGAAUGCAUGGUGGUCCUGUCCCCAGACACGCGGUCUUCCGCUGGCUACUGCUGCAGCGCGUUGGAAAAUCUGCUUCAACCUGAGCAGGGAUUCUCCCAGCAGCUGGCUUCCUCUACAUACUCUAGGGAGGAGGACCAAGAGACACUCAGGUACGCCUCGCUAAAUGACGACGCUGGGAAUCUGUCGACUAUCAUCUGCCAGCCAAGGCCUACAAGAGCGGUUACCCCAUCUUUAUUCAUAAGAUCUCGAGCGCCCCCUCCCGAGUCGCUCCUACUGUCCGAGGUGAAUCCACAUUAUGGAGAGUCCGAGGUACCACUUUCGUCGGCGAUCAGACAUUACAACAGCUGGCAAGCAGGCCAUGAGAUGGCGCGUUUCGUGGAAGACUACUCGGUCGAUCCACUCAACUCCCUCUAUGUUGGAUCAUCACUGGCCUCACAUUUAGUAGAAGACAACCCCGAAGAAUGGGCAAGCGAUUUCUUAGGAGGUUCGUCACAGCAGAAUCAGGGCUGGGCUGGCGGUCUGGAGACAGCCACGGUCUCAGAAUCAAGAAUCCCGCGGGGCGGGAGCGGAGGAUGGCGCGUAGCGAGUGGGCCUGAACCAGUUGAAGAAGGCAACGCAAUCGACGCUGAAGAUUACGACGAGAGGGCAAAUGCGGCGCUAAUGCUUCAGGCUCUGGGUCAGGGGCAGUGGUCGAACUUUGAAGUCUGUGACUGA